GGUCGCCGCAGCCGGGGACACCGCGCGCCGCUGCUGCCCAACAUGGUCGCUGCGCACGCUGCCCAUUCUUCCUCUUCGGCCGAGUGGAUUGCCUGCCUGGACAAGAGACCUUUGGAACGAUCCAGUGAAGAUGUGGAUAUAAUCUUCACACGACUGAAAGAAGUCAAGGCUUUUGAGAAGUUUCACCCGAACCUCCUUCAUCAGAUUUGUCUAUGUGGUUACUACGAGAACCUGGAGAAAGGAAUAACAUUAUUUCGCCAGGGUGAUAUUGGAACCAACUGGUAUGCUGUCCUGGCGGGAUCUUUGGACGUUAAAGUCUCGGAGACCAGCAGUCACCAGGAUGCGGUGACCAUCUGUACCCUGGGAAUCGGGACGGCCUUCGGCGAGUCCAUUCUGGACAACACGCCCCGCCAUGCGACCAUCGUCACCAGGGAGAGCAGCGAGCUGCUGCGCAUCGAGCAAAAGGACUUCAAGGCGCUAUGGGAGAAAUACCGACAGUAUAUGGCAGGACUUCUGGCUCCUCCUUAUGGGGUUAUGGAAACAGGCUCUAACAACGACAGAAUUCCUGACAAGGAGAACACACCUCUCAUUGAACCUCACGUUCCUCUCCGUCCUGCUAACACCAUUACCAAGGUCCCUUCAGAGAAGAUCCUCAGGGCUGGAAAAAUUUUACGAAAUGCCAUUCUCUCUCGAGCACCUCACAUGAUAAGAGAUAGAAAAUACCACCUAAAGACAUACAGACAAUGCUGUGUGGGAACCGAGCUGGUGGACUGGAUGAUGCAGCAGACUCCGUGUGCCCACUCCCGGACGCAAGCUGUUGGCAUGUGGCAAGUUCUGCUAGAAGACGGGGUGCUCAACCAUGUGGACCAGGAGCACCAUUUCCAAGACAAAUAUUUAUUUUAUCGAUUCCUGGACGACGAGCAGGAGGAUGCCCCUUUGCCUACUGAGGAGGAGAAGAAGGAGUGCGAUGAGGAGCUCCAGGACACCAUGCUGCUGCUCUCGCAGAUGGGCCCUGACGCCCACAUGCGGAUGAUCCUGCGCAAACCACCUGGCCAGAGGACUGUGGAUGACCUAGAGAUUAUCUACGAAGAGCUCCUUCACAUUAAAGCCUUAUCCCACCUCUCCACCACGGUGAAACGGGAGUUAGCGGGUGUUCUCAUCUUUGAGUCUCACGCCAAAGGAGGGACCGUGUUGUUUAACCAGGGGGAAGAAGGAACCUCCUGGUACAUUAUUCUAAAAGGAUCUGUGAAUGUAGUCAUUUAUGGCAAGGGUGUGGUGUGCACCCUGCACGAGGGAGACGACUUUGGCAAGCUAGCGCUAGUGAACGAUGCACCGCGAGCUGCCUCCAUUGUUUUGCGGGAAGAUAACUGUCAUUUUUUAAGAGUGGACAAGGAAGAUUUCAACCGGAUCCUGAGGGACGUGGAGGCGAACACAGUCAGACUUAAAGAACAUGACCAAGAUGUCUUGGUGCUGGAGAGGGUCCCAGCGGGGAACAGAGCUUCCAAUCAAGGAAACUCACAGCCUCAGCAGAAGUAUACUGUGAUGUCAGGAACACCUGAAAAAAUUUUAGAACAUUUUCUAGAAACAAUCCGCCUCGAGCCAGCUUUAAACGAAGCAGCAGAUUCAGUUUUAAGCGACUUCGUUUUGAUGCACUGUGUUUUUAUGCCAAACACCCAGCUUUGCCCUGCCCUAGUGGCCCAUUACCAUGCACAGCCUUCUCAAGGUACGGAACAGGAGAAAAUGGAUUAUGCCCUCAACAACAAGAGGCGAGUCAUCCGCCUGGUUCUCCAGUGGGCUGCCACGUACGGAGACCUCCUUCAAGAAGAUGACGUGGCCGUGGCUUUCCUGGAGGAGUUUUACGUGUCUGUGUCUGAUGAUGCCCGGGUCAUUGCCACCCUGAAGGAGCAACUUCCAGAACUGGAGAAGAUCGUCAAGCAAAUCUCAGAAGAUGCAAAAGCUCCACAAAAGAAACACAAAGUUCUUCUGCAACAGUUCAACACGAGCGAUGAGAGAAGCCAGAAGCGCCAGCCCAUCCGCGGCUCUGAUGAGGUUCUGUUUAAGGUCUAUUGCUUGGACCACACCUACACCACCAUCCGGGUGCCGGUGGCCGCCUCGGUGAAGGAAGUCAUCAGUGCAGUGGCCGACAAACUGGGCUCCGGGGAAGGCCUGAUCAUCGUCAAGAUGAGCUCUGGGGGAGAAAAGGUGGUGCUCAAGCCUAAUGAUGUUUCCGUGUUUACCACGCUCACCAUUAACGGCCGCCUGUUUGCCUGCCCGCGGGAGCAGUUCGAUUCACUGACCCCACUCGCAGAACAAGAGGGCCCAACUGUUGGGACCGUGGCAACUUUUGAACUAAUGAGCUCCAAAGACCUGGCAUACCAGAUGACGAUUUACGACUGGGAGCUCUUCAACUGUGUGCAUGAGCUGGAGCUAAUCUAUCACACAUUUGGAAGACACAAUUUUAAAAAGACCACAGCCAACUUGGAUCUGUUCCUGAGAAGAUUUAAUGAAAUCCAGUUCUGGGUCAUCACUGAGAUUUGCCUGUGUUCCCAGCUCAGCAAGCGUGUGCAGCUCUUAAAAAAAUUUAUUAAGAUUGCAGCUCACUGUAAGGAGUACAGAAAUCUGAAUUCCUUUUUUGCCAUCGUCAUGGGACUCAGCAACGUAGCCGUGAGCCGCUUGGCACUCACGUGGGAGAAACUGCCCAGCAAGUUCAAGAAGUUCUAUGCCGAGUUUGAAAGUUUAAUGGAUCCUUCGAGAAACCACAGGGCGUACAGGCUGACGGUGGCCAAGCUGGAGGCUCCUCUCAUCCCCUUCAUGCCUCUGCUCAUUAAAGAUAUGACAUUUACUCAUGAGGGGAACAAGACUUUCACUGACAAUCUAGUAAACUUUGAAAAAAUGCGUAUGAUUGCAAACACUGCCAGAACCGUGAGGUACUACAGGAGCCAACCCUUCAAUCCCGAUGCAGCUCAAGCUAAUAAGAACCAUCAGGAUGUCCGGAGUUAUGUGCGGCAAUUAAAUGUGAUUGACAACCAGAGAACUUUAUCACAGAUGUCACACAGAUUAGAGCCUCGUCGGCCAUAGGCGCGAUGGUCUGUCUCCAGUCCACACUCUUUCCAAAAUGCCACUGACGCUACACGGCUGACCGCGCCACCGGUGAGGACGCCACAGAGUGAGUGACGUGUCCUGAGAAACCUCAGGGCUGCGUUCUGCUGAUCCCCGUGUGAAGAGAGAAGAAAUGACUUGACGUGUGUAACGCUUACCCUCUACCCUAGGAGCCCCCAGUGUGCAGUCAGCCUAGUUCAUUUCCGGUUGUGCCAUCUUCCGUGCUGAGACCUUAAGAUGGGCGAAAUACCAUUAUCAGGAGAAAUCGCAAGGCCCUGCUGUUCUUUCUGAGAAUAUUUGUAGGAUGAGAUACGCUGCACAUGGAAUGGAUUUGGAUACCUUGGCGGGGAUGUAGUUUUGUCCUCAACAUCUUGAAUUGGAGUGUGGGGUCUGGGGAAGGUGUUGAGGACUCAGUACAAAUCCAAAGUGUAGAUUGCAUUCUUCCAUCUUCAUAGUCUUCUCUCUGAAGGAAUAGAACCUUGUGGCUAUUUAUGUACUCUGGAAUAAAACAUUGUGGCUAUUUAUGUACUUUAGAGAGGGCUGGUCUGUAAUUUCUGAAAGAUAUGUAGAACAAUAUUUAUGUUUACAAUGUAACUUUUUAGAAUUUACCAAUCAGGAUCACCUGCGCAAAAAUUCCACACAGAAAUGCCAAGGUUCUUAAAAUUGCCAGCGUUAAGAUAGAAAAUAACAUUUCAGAAGAGCACAAUAUGCAUAAAACGUUUUUCAAAAUUGAAAUGUUUUCUGGGCAUUAAAAACCUUUCAACUACAAAUUUCCUGUUACUGAUGAAAAACAAAAACAUAUUUUCUGGACUUAAAGGUUAUUACGAAUAUCUUAAUUUUCAACAAUUGUUUUUGCACUUUCAAAUAGAUUGUAAAUACUUCAUUCAAUCAACGGUAUAGAGUUAUUUAUUUGCUACAUAAUAGAUACUGUGCCAAAUAACUGCUUUUUAUUUAUUUUGUUUAGUUGAUAAUUUUGGAGUACAUUUUUUCCUGUUUUCACAAUUAGACGACAUCUAAUGUGUAGAAAUUGUAUGUAUGUAUAUCUUCUGUAAAUACCAUCUGGUAUCUUCAUUAAAUACA